AUGACGACCGGUGAUCGAUGGCGGCACCCUUGUGACUGGCCAGCACUCGACGAGCCGCUGCUUGAGUCUACGUGGUGUCACCUGCCGUUCGAGCUCGCGCUCCAGAUCGUCGAGACUUGCAGCUGGCACGUUCCCGCUGACACGCUGAGCAGGUGGUGCUUGGUGGGUCGAACAUGGUAUCGACGUGCGAUCGUGCCCCUGUACGCCUGCGUGACACUUUCACCUCGGGACGAUGAUGUGCUGGGAUAUUGGCGCAUCGAACGGUUCUGCGACACCAUCUCCAGCAACAAGCGGCUAGCAAGCUCGGUCAAGGCGCUCGACUUUGCGGUCAGCCGAGAGGAGAAUGGCAUGGCCAAUCAAGACCAGUACCUCACCAUCCUGACUCACUGCCGCAACCUCAUCUACUUUCGCAAUCUACAACGUCUCCGAGAUCCAGAGGACACCUACUUGCCCUCUGUGCCACCAGGAGCCUUGGCGCGGCUUCAGUGGCACGACUCGGACUUUCGCGCCUUUGAAGAGCUCGUCGAAUCGGUCUUCAAGCCGCUGCAUUUUCGCGCCAACCCAGAUGCUCGGGGCAUCGAGCGUUCCGAUCUGAUUGCGCUCGAUGCGCGGUCGUGCAGCCGCAUGCUGUACGACAUGAGGCUGAUCGCACGGAUGCCCAGCGUUGACAAGCUGCCCAAGGGCUUCUUGCGCAGAAUGGCGGUCCAUCAGCUGCCUCGACAAAAGAUCCUAUCUGCUCGCUGCAGCAAGCAGUACCAGAACGACCGCAUUGGCACCAAGAUCGCAGUGGGCGUCCUCAAUCUUGUGUCUCGUCUGCUUCCGCAGCUGGAGCUAGUCGAGAUCUACGUGGCGGAUCGGGACAUCUUCACGGGUGCUCCUCGCCACUUCGUGUCCAAGGCAAGCAGCACAGGUCUGCCGUGCCUGUACCCGCAAACGUUCUGGCAAGAUACCAUCAGUCAAGUCGUCGCGAUGGCGCCUCUUCCGUUUGCGGUUGCCGUGUACCACGUCUGUUCGAACGAAGUCGGGGAUGCGCCUGGAUUCGACAUUGGUGGCGAGUACGAUAUAUCAAGCUCGGACCUGGAGGCAACGCAGCUGGGAACCGAAUACGCAUACACGAACGAAGAGGAUAACCUGUUACGUCGCAACACGACGGGCGCUGGCUGGCAAGAGCCCUUCUUGCUGCUACCACACUCGACCAAGAUGGUGCCGAUCAAGCUCGCCGGUGGGUACCGCAGCUUGCCCUUCUCGACGUACAGCAGGGAUGGCAAGCCUGCAUGGGAUGUUCUGCUCCAUCCUCCGCAAGAGAUGAUGCCAGACCCAGCGACGAUGGCCGAGGCGCAGGAGGAGUGGGAUGUCGAGUCGAUGCUGGGAUCGAGUCGACCACGGCUGUCGGCGAUGCAUCCGCUCCUGCCUCGACGGGGCUCACUGGAUUGGCUGCGGCUUGUGAGUCGCAAUCUCGAAUAUGACAGGCAUGAUAUGUUCCUGUAG